AUGAACUCUGGCGACAUACAGUCUGUGGCUUUUCAGUUCCACCUUUUCGGGGACCUCUGGCUUGAAGAUCCCAAGAAUUUUCACAACGAGAUUGACCUGUCUGAGAUAACGCAAUAUCUGGCUCUCAUCGAAGCACUCGACAAGAGAUGGGAGCAUCGCCCACGGAUUAGUUGGAAUCUGGACUCGGCUUUUGCGAAGUUUGUCGAGCGAGAGACAGCUACAUGGAGCAAGCAAGGGGUAGAAAGACCCUCUCAUGAUCUUUUACCCCCAAGUGGCUCUAUAGAGUCUUCGCUCGCAUGCCACCUCAUGAAUCCAACCUAUUACGUCGCAAACCCCGAGGAUCGAAUUACCGAUGAUCCUUCAAGCCCAACGAUGGAGUUACUACACAAUAGUGGCUUUUCAUCGCAAAAUGCGUUAAUCUUCGACCAGGUAUGCCGGACGGGGCGAACUGAGGACAUGAUCGAGUUUUAUACCGAUGAGUUCUAUCAGCCCCAUCGCGAUUUUGUACGUGAAAUUCGAGGAAACAUGGCUGCAAUCGUUGAAAUUUGCUGGGGCAACACUGUCUGGAAGGAGAUGAAGAGAGAAUUAGGUCCCCGACUGGUUCGAUAUCUUCUCUGGGGGGUUUUCAAGCCUGUGAGGCUUUAUCUUGAACUUGAUGAAAGCCACCGAUCUCUAAAGAGGUUCAUUCUCCAUGUCCGACACCCAGAGUUCUUUGUCAGAAGCGGCCUAGCUAAACUUGGUCUUGAAGCCCGGAAAAUCUACGGAGAGGCCCAAGAUCUAGCUUUGACAGUGGCUAGACGGCUAGUCGGUGAUGGAAAAGAUUUUACCGUCAACUGCUUUCCUUGCCUCCCUUCUCUUCAGGUCAAUCGACUUACUCGCAAACAAGAGAAUCUUCGUGACAAGAAUGAUCAGCUAGCCUUGAAGGCUUUUGAAGCAGCUUUUCCAGAAACGUACCAACGCCGAGUUCGCAGAAAGGAGGAAUCAGAAGAGAUAAAAAGUGUUACUUCAAGGUUUGACAGUGUCUCUAAAACCGAUGAUGAAGUUCGAAAGGGAAGAAGUUCCGCAGGAUAA